GUGCUCAGUCUUCUCUCUCUCCUCCCGACGCAGCCCUCAUUCUCUCUCUUCGAUUCUCUCAGUUCCGGCCACGGAAAGGGCCGGAACCGGUACGGUUCCACUCGUCUCGAAGCCACGAACCCGACCCACCCAUUUUCCGGCCGGAAACCUCGAAAUUCGCCGGCGAUAUCGACUGGUUUCUUCGGUUGUUCACGGCGUCGCUACGGCCGAUUCCGGCUUCCAUCUCCGGCAACCAAGGAAACAAUAGAUAUCAAAUCGCAUAUGUUUGUUCUGCCAUGAGAGGAAGCAAUAGCUUUCCGUCUUCCUUGUCACGAAGACAACCAUGGAAAUCGAUAAAGAUUGAUGAUCUCCCGGAUGCUGUAUUGAUUGAAGUACUUUGCCGACUAUCUUGCAGUAAACUAAUUUUUCGAUGCAAGUGUGUGUGCAAGCGUUGGUUCACCCUCAUCUCCGAUCCUUAUUUUGUUGACCACUAUCUACGUUACCAAAGCGAUAAGAAAAGACACAUAAUACGCACCCUGAUAUAUGCAAGGGAAUACGUGGUAAGACUGAGAUGCCACCCUUGGGCAAACCCAACUGUUGUAGCGACAUAUAAUGACUUAAUGUUGUGUUAUGGAAACCUCAACCGUUACUGCAUAUGCAAUCCAUGCACGAUGCAAUGGGUUGCUCUUCCUCGCAUUCCCACUUACACCGUACACUGCCACUAUGAGGUACGAGUGGGAUUCAUCUGCGAUACCCCCUGCUAUAACUACAAGGAAGACGAACACGAAGAUCAGAAAGGAGAUGUCAUGCAGCAUAAUGCUGCGUAUAGGUGCAAGGUUGUGAGAAUUCGUCCUUCGGAGAAGGGUUAUUAUGAUUUUUCCUUCGAAUUGAAAGUGGACAUUUUCUCUUCCGAGACUGGUGAAUGGACGAAGGCAGUUGUAUCGUCCCCACGAGCCAUUGCUUUGAUUGGUCUUGGCUUUCAUCACCAAGGAAUAUUGUACUGGUUGGGUCGGGAGGAAAAUGGUUGCUCUAUUAUUUUUGGGUUGGAUCCGUUUAGUGAUAAACCUAAGUGUUUUUUCAUUGCACUUGAUGAGCCUUUAAACGACCUUCGGCACUUUGGUGUUUGCGGAGGUUGCAUACGGAUGUGUGGCUUGGACAUGGCUACCAGAAGUCUGAUUGUAUUUUAUUUGAAAGCAGAAGAAGAUGGCAAAUUCUGUUUGAGUAAACGCAUGGUUUAUUCGUUGGACCAAAAUAUGUACCUGGAUAAUGAAUCGAAUGUUAGCCUGCGACCCUUCGAUCCAAACAAUGAGGAUGUUUGUUUGCUAUCUAUACGUGAAUGGAGAAUGUGUCAAGUACAAGUACAAUUUUCGUACCAGAAAGUGGUCAAAGAUCGUUGAAGAGAUUCCACACAAAAUUUCCUACAGCUUUGUGCAUGUGCAGCCAUGGUGGCCAACACCAGUUCCUAGACUCCCACAACAUGCAUGCCCAGCAGCAAGGCCAUGGCGGAGGAAACGAGGCAAGCAAAUUUAAUAUAUACUAUAUACGUACAAAAUGUAAUCCAAUUGAUUUUCAUUCAUUGUAAUAACGUACCCGCAUAAGAUUCUUAGCCCACAACCCUGCA